AUGUGGGUGAAAAACAAAUUCCUCGGAGAGAACAAGCCAUCUCGCAAACAAUGUGGUUGGAAUCGUUAUGUUGCCUUUAGCCUUGAAAGUCUGAAGCAUCCAGUUCCACCAAAAGGUACCUCUGAAGGCUGGGACCAAAGGAAUUGCGAGAUGGGUAAAGCUUUGGCCUCUCUAACUGCUGACGAGAAGGAGGUCUUUAGCUCCAGAGUAUUUCAACACUUCUCAAAAAUACCAUGUGGAUACGACAAAGACGAUGAUGACUAUGUAGAGAACGAAGAUAGUGAACUGGAAGAUGAUGAGGGAAGGGGCUCAUUAACUCCGGAUGAAAUCAGCCUGUAUAUGCCACUUUAUCAUAACUUGGUCAACCACGAUAAGGUGAAAGCUUUUAUUGCCAAAGGACCUGAAAGCAAAGGUCACAAUGCUGGCCAGGCCUACAAGCAAGCUCUCAAAAAUAUUAUGAACUUGAAUUCAGAGUUGUACACUGUUUCAAAUGUGUACAACACUACUUAUUACCUUCUUUCUGCAACCCAAACCCCUGGCCUCAACAGCUUUUGCAAGGAAUACUCAAACAAUGCUGCCUGGCUUGCUUUGGCCCAAAAAGAAUUGAAUUCUAAAGAAACCUUCGAGGCUUACAGUCACGGUCGACAAAUACAGGCCAACCUAGAAGCAAUCACUAAUGGUCCUGAGGGGGAAAGCGGUAGAGAUGCAGACAAAUUGAAAAAGAAUCUCCAAAAUGCACUCAAUGAUCUUUUGGGUUAG